GGUUGCAUAUCCGACUUGGCCUUCCGCUUGAAAGGAGCUAUGUCAGCAAUUUUGCUGCUCCUCAACACCCUCCUUAUACCCAAUGAGGCUUGUACGAUCAUUGCCGUGGGGAAGGAUGCCAGUGCCACAGGUUUUCCAAUGGUCUCACACAGUGACGACAGUGGCCCCAGCACCACGGACGUGCGCCUCGUGCGCGUGCCACGGCGUCAAUGGCCAAAAGGCGCCACACGCAAGCUGUAUGAGUGGCAUAUCCCUUAUCCGCGCAUGGUGAGCAAGGAGAUGGCACCGGAUUAUCAUCCUUUGCCGGGACAGGAGGAGUUUGAAGCGAUCGGGGAGAUCCCACAAGCCGAAGAAACCUGGGCCUAUUGGGACACCGAGUAUGGCAUGCAAAAUGAAUGGGGCUUAUCCAUCGGUGAAUCCACCGCUACCGCUAUGACCGCGGGCUGGGCGGCUACGAAGGAUAAGCCUUGGGGCCACAACAAGGUGGGCAUUGAAGAUCUCACCAAACUGGCGUUGGAACGGUGUAAGACGGCGAGAUGUGCCGUGCAAACCAUGGGGGACAUCGCAGUGCAGGAAGGCUUCUAUAGCGCAGACACGGGAAGCCCUGAUGCACCAGCCUACAGUGGCAGUUCAGAAGCUUUGGUUGUGGUGGACGCAGAGCCUGGUGAUAUGUGGGUCUUCAACGUGUUGACCGGAAAGAAGAAUGCCAGUGCCAUUUGGGCUGCACAGCGCUUGCCAAGUGAUCAUGUGGCGGCCGUGGGGAACUCCUUCACCAUUCGAAGCCUAGAUUUGAAUGAUGCCGAGAACAACUUGUUCAGUGAGGGCGUGACGCACUUAGCAGAGGAGAUGGGCUGGUGGCGCGCAUCCGACGCCAAGUAUCCCGGAGACUUUGACUUCUUUGGUGCUUAUGGCUACCAACCCAACAAGGAGAACACACCACCAGGUCAGAUUGAGAGCAUGACGAAUCUCUUGGCAUACUACAGUGGCCGACGGAUGUGGCGAAUCUUCAGUUUGCUCAGCCCCAGCGAGGGCGCGAAGCUGGAUCCCGAUCUGGGCAAUGUUCCAAAGACUAAGAAUCCCUACCCACCUUCCGUGAAACUUGCACCGAGCAACAAGUCCUUUUCAUGUCCAAGCGUAGAGUAUGUUCCACCGAAAGCUCCCAAACACUCGGUGACGCGUGAGAUGGUCAUGGAGGCCUUACGAGAUCACUACGAAGGCACUCGAUAUGAUUUGACUCAAGGGAUGGCGGCUGGGCCUCAUGGCACGCCGAACCGCGGACCAGUGAAGGGCAUCACUGGACAAUGGGAGCGUGCCAUCAGCAUGUUCCGCACCGCCUACUCCUACGUUUUGGAGCCUCGGCCUGGGCGACGUAGUGUGACCUGGUUCGGCUACGAUGCCGCACAUGGCACCGUUUGGCUGCCCUUCUACGGUGCCGCGGAGCAGGGUGCGCCAGCGACGCAUUGUCACCAUGGCUUUAACAUGUCGACCUUCAACACGAAUGCCGGAUGGUGGGCCUUCAAUUUGAUUAACCAGUACUCAGACCUCAACUUCCGACAGAUCAACAAGGAGGUGAGGCUGAAGGCCGCUUCGAUCCACCAAAAAGCACUUGAAGCCAUGAAGACUUGGGAGUCUGAGAGUGGUGACCUUCAGACUUGGGUGGAACACUCCAACCACUUGGCAGUCCAGAGCGUGAAUGAGUGGUGGGACUUGGCCUGGAAACUCAUUGCAAAGUACGGCCGACUGGUGGUGACCUACAACGAGUCGGAGACUUUAGGGGUCAACUACAUUGGUCAGAUGUAUCCCGCUUGGUGGCUUGAAAGCCCCGACGUGGGCUUCACCCUAUGGUCGUCGCGAGGGCCUUUCCAUGGGAUUCUGGACAGGCUCUCAGAACUUGUUGCCUCAGAGGGAACUUCACCAAUGGCUGCUCAGUGCAUUCUAGCAGCCUUGGCCAUCACGGUCGUGUACCUGGUGGGCUAUCGACAUGGCCAAAGCAACCAAAAAGUCUCUGGGGGAUAUGUGGCCAUGGAUCCCUAGACGCAGCUCCCGACGGUUCUUAAAGAACCAGUUUCGGCACACUCAGGAUCGUGUCCUGAUUAUUCAACCGAAUGUUUGCCCCGACAUUUGUCGGCGUCCUUUCCAAGAGAAUUAUCGGGUACCUCUUUUGAAGGGCAGCGUUCCUGAGGGUCUGAGGGUACCAUCUAUUUCCUUUUGAGUCUAUAUGAGACAGACCUGAACACCAGAGGCGAGAGAAAA